AGGAAAACUGAUGCAAGGAAAUGGACUACGUCACCAGCCAGCCCACCACAGUCUGUGCUAAAACUAAAAUCCAGACCCAAUGCAAGUAUGGAGUCUUUACUCACGUCGCCAAUGAAACUUGUACUUUUGACAGCAUGGCUCACCAGUCUGAUGGACCCAUGCAGCCUCUCUAACAUUUGUGAUUCAUGUCACUAUCUUGCACAAUGCAAGGACCAGAAUGGAUCAAAGGCCUGCUUCUGCAAUAGUGGAUAUACGGGAGAUGGAACAACGUUUUGCAAUGACGACAACGAGUGCCAGAAAGUGACUAAUAUCUGCGGGGACAGGGGGAACUGCACCAACACGUUGGGCAGCUAUAACUGCAAAUGUAUAUCUGGAUACGCAUCGACAGGAAAGGCCGACUUCUUGCCCAAUGAUGGCACUGAAUGUAUCGAUAUUGAUGAAUGCAUGUCGGGACCAGUCUGUGGACCAAACUCACACUGCCAUAAUACGAAUGGAUCCUUCUAUUGCACCUGUCAGCGUGAUUACGUCCCAACUUCAGGCACUAAGAACUUUCACCCUGAGGGAGGUGUAAGAUGUAAAGAGCAUCCCCAAAAAUACUGCCAUGACAACAUCGGGUGCAUCACACAGACUGUCAACAAAACAAUUGAAUAUAUGAGCAACCUCACAGAGACCGAGUGCUUAUUUAAGGAAAUUGCCAAGCAGACGUCCGGCGAGCUCACCUCAGUGGAAGUGAUUGCAUAUGUUGAGGUCUUGAGUCAAUCCGCAUUAACACUGGCUGCCGGGGGAAAGGAUUACACUGUCAAACCAUCUGUCAUCAACUCAACUCUUACAAAAUUAGUGAAAGCAGUAAACAACUUGGUGGAGAAGGAUGAACUGGUGGCCUGGAGCCGAAUUAAAGAGGAGCAUAGGGAGUAUACCAUUACCAAGCUGCUACAUACUGUUGAAGAAAGUGCCCUGACAUUGGCCAACAACUACAAAACUCCAACUGAGCUCGAAAUCAAAGCCACUGAAAUGGACUUGAAAGUCUUCUCCUUUGAUGCUCGUCAUAUGAAAGCCAAACUGUCUGCUUCCAUGGCAGGAAAUCACAUACAUCUAACUCCUAAACUGAGACCAGAGGACAACAGAAAUGGAAGUGUGUCAGUGGUGUUUGUGCGAUAUGACAGCAUCGGUGACAUCCUGAAGCCGAGCAGUGACCCAGGUGUCACCGACUACUCGCGGUAUGCUGGAACAGGGGAAAUCACUGUCAACUCCCAAGUCAUAGCAGCAGCCAUUAAACCUGCUGACGUUUACCAACUUGAACAUGUCACCUUCACUCUGAGACACAACAAGCCCAUAGACACUAAAGCUGAUGUGACGAAGUGCGCCUUCUGGGAGUAUAAGCCGGACAGCCUGCAGGGCCACUGGGCCACUCACGGCUGCAAGACUAUCCAAGUCAACAGCAAUGCAACCACCUGCUCCUGCAAUCACCUCACACACUUUGCCAUCCUCAUGUCUUCUGGGCGAGCCAAUCUUGUGGCCCACUAUAACGUCCUGACCCGGAUCACGCAGCUGGGGAUGAUCAUCUCCCUCAUCUGUCUGUCCAUGUGCAUCUUCACCUUCUGGUUCUUCAGUGAGAUCCAGAGCACCAGAACCACCAUCCACAAGAACCUGUGCUGCAGCCUCUUCAUGGCCGAGUUCAUCUUCCUAGUGGGCAUCAACAUGAACACACAUAAGCUUUUCUGCUCUGUUAUUGCAGGGCUGCUGCACUAUUUCUUCCUUGCAGCCUUUGCCUGGAUGUGCAUCGAGGGCAUCCAUCUGUACUUAAUAGUGGUUGGCGUCAUCUACAACAAAGGCUUCCUGCACCGUAACUUUUACAUCUUUGGCUAUGGAAGCCCGGCAGUGGUUGUGGCCAUCUCAGCAACACUCGGCUACAAGUAUUACGGCACUGAUAAAGUAUGUUGGCUGAGCACAGAAAACCACUUCAUAUGGAGUUUCAUUGGGCCGGCGUGUUUGAUCAUUCUGGUUAAUCUCUUGGCUUUUGGAGUAAUCAUCUACAAAGUGUAUCGGCAUACUGCUGUGAAAAAGCCUGAAAUCAGCCACUACGAAAACAUCAGGUCAUGUGCCCGUGGUGCCUUUGCUCUGCUGUUCGUGCUGGGAGCCACCUGGACCUUUGGAGUUCUGCACAUCCUCAAUGAGACAACCCUCACCGCCUAUCUGUUCACUAUCACCAACGCCUUCCAGGGGAUGUUCAUCUUCAUCUUCCUCUGUGUCCUGUCCAGAAAGAUUCAGGAGGAGUACUACAGGCUUUUCAAAAAUGUGCCAUGUUGUUUUGAAUGCCUGAGAUGAAUGAAUGCCACCAAAGCCUGAUCAUCUGCACCUGUACAAUAACAGCCAACACUACAGCUCUGCAAUGUCCUGUGACUCAUGCUUUCUUUUUUGGAAAAUGAGGUGGGAGGCAUUGUUUAUACAGAUGUCUAAUAAAUGAAAACAUGUAGCACAUGUACUUUCUAAACGUCUUGUUUCCCUUUUAAAAGGUGAUCUAUACAUGAUUCCACAAAAGAUAUUUUUCUGAGAGUAAUACAGGAAUCAAAAUAUUUUCAGUUUAAUUUAAUGCCUUUGCAGUUAUCAGCAUUACACUCCAAGUAUCUUAUGCAGUCUGUUGUCUUUGUUCCUUUCUUGUGUUUGAAAUUGAUUUGUAAAUUAUUAAAAUUAUUGAAAUUGA